AUGUUAUUGUGUGCCCUGGUCGGGUUGAGCCAAGCGAACGCCUGCCGUGAGGAUUCGGACUGUCCGGACAACUGGACGUGUCUCAUGGAAACAUGCUAUGAAUUUGACCUAAGAGCCCCUGCGGGUGGAAAAGGCGGCUCGGGGACAAAUGGUCGGCACCGAGCGCCGCAAGGAUUUGGCUGCAAGUCGGAUUCGGACUGUACGCUAGAGGGAUAUCAGUGCGAUUCUGGCACGGGCUUCUGUGUCCUCUUCCCAAAA